GCUCCUCAUCCAGAAUAAUUCGCAAACAUUCCUAUUCACUGGCCGACAUGAGGUACUACCUGCGGAUCCCAAAGACAAAGACGGUAAAUUUGGAUUCCGAAAUGCUGCGACGUCUCAGCUGGAUGACCACGCUGCGUGAGAAAAUGCGGGAGCGCCUGAAGGAACAGAGCAAGACUGACAAACUGACAGAGGCGUACCUGGACGAAUUGCACUGGCUCCGGGUGUACUACGAGGAGCACCACACAUUGUUUCCGGAGACACUUGAGAUCGAGUUUAUAUGGAAGAGCGCUAUUGCCAGUAGCCUGCGUGACCUGAUGGGUGCUGGUGCUGGUGAUAGCGACGGCGGAAAUGUCAGCGGUGGGGAUCGCAGUGGGUCGCGGCUGCUUGGCGGCCACUCUCUCAAGCAGCGCCGAACCCAGUCAAACUCUCUCUACAUGGAGAUGGGGUUUGUCCUCUUGUCACUGGCUAUUGUAAAGUCAAUGAGCGCCUACUCAAAGGAUGAAGGUGCACAAGGAAUCGAGGCUCUGAAGCGUGCCUCUGCUGAACUUCGCGAGGCAGCAGGCAUAUUCCAGUAUAUAAUUGACCAGGUUCUUCCGUAUUUGGCUGGUGUGCGGCUCAGUGUGCCUGAUCUUACGCCUGACAUCCAGUACAUGCUGCAGACGCUGUCCCUCGCCGAUUCAGAUCGGCUCUCGGUGCGUGUUUGGCUUCGGACUGACAAGAACCAAAAGCGGACGCCAAACAUGCCUGCCAACAUGCUGCUCGAGAUACAACAGCGCUACGAAAAUGCCUCGGUGUCGCUACGCACGCUACAGAGCGGUGAAUCACGUAGCGUGUCUGCAGAUGUUCAGAACUACAUGCGCGAUGGGCAACAGCUGAUUUUGGCCCAAGCUAUGGUAUACCUGGCCCAAGUGAACAGUGAUAAGCAAAAGUUUGGCAAUGCAAUCAAGCGCCGCAAGCAGUCGGUGCAUGUUGAGACUGCUAACAAACUCCUCAGUGGGCCCGUCGAUGCUCUGUACAGCCUUUAUCGCCGAAACAAUGACACGAUUGGUUUUGAGCUGGUUCCUUCGUCAGAGGAGCUGCGUGCAAAGCUCCCUUCAGGGAGGCCACUGUUCAGCCGGGCUAUCGUAUAUACGACGCAGUUCGAUACUGCUAAUCAAGCUUCAUGAGCAUAUGUUUUAAAUUAGUCUCUUACUGUGAUAUCGUCAUAAGAAGUUAAC